UUAAGAUUAAUCUGUGUUAUUCAAACAGUGAGAAGGACAAAGAAUUCCCAAAUAAUAAAAAUACAGAGGUUGUCAGAUACUUAAAGUGCCACAGAUACAAAAGAAAAACUGAAGAUAUUGAAUGACACCAAAUAUAUAAAAAGAAUAAAUGGGUCAACGUUACAAACUGUGUGAAAACUCAACCCAUGCUGAUCACAUAAUGUUUGUACGUGCUUCAGGCUGCUGAGGCUGCUGAACCACAUGCUUUACAUUUACUGUAACAAUAGCAAUACUCAUUUCUUUACUGACCACAUGCACUCAUCACUAUAAGACAAUUAAAGUUCGCACCCACACACAGAAGAAGCAGCUAAAGCAGUCUUAGUGAAGCAGAUGAAAACCACAGGGUCGCUCACUGAGCAUACUGCGGAAUAAAAGGGUCGACUUGACACCUCAAAGACAACAGGUUGAGUUUGCUGCCAGAAUGAUGCAUGCUCUGCACAGGUUUCUGCUUUUUCAUCUCCUGACAUGUUUUGGACUUCACGCACUUGGGAGUGAAAUCAUACAUGGGAAAAGAGCCUCGGUGAAUUCGAUGCUGUAUAUGGCCUCGGUGCAGAACAGAAGCGGUCAUCAUAUAUGUGGAGGAUUCCUCAUCAAAGAAGACUUUGUGGUCACUGCUGCUCACUGUGAUAAACACAAUCCUACAAGUGUCGUUCUUGGCACCCACAAUCUCAAGAAGGUUGAUAAGAAAAAGAGAAACGUUGUAAAGAAAUGGAAGUUUCUAUCUUAUGUGAAUGUCGAAAAAGGGGAUGACAUCAUGCUCCUCAAACUGUCUAGGAAAGCUCGACUGGACAAAAGAGUACAACCGAUUGAGCUUCCAGAGACUGGGACUGAGUUAAAAGAUAAAGAAAAGUGCCUCGUAGCUGGAUGGGGUUUCACAAGUACUGGUGGUAAAGUUGUUGAUGUGCUGCAAGUGGUGGAUGUGCCUAUCGUUAACCCGGAGGACUGUAAGAACAAAUGGAGUGUUAGGAGAGUUAAUCUUCCUGCCAAUGUUAUCUGUGCAGGUGGAUAUGGCACAGACAAGGGAUUCUGUAAGGGUGAUUCUGGUGGUCCUCUGGUGUGCAACGGGAAGGCUGUUGGUGUUGUCUCUUUCAACUUCAAAAGAAACUGUGACUACCCAAAUUUACCUAACGUCUACGUAAAUAUAUCAAAAUACCUUUCCUGGAUCAAAAAGAUUCUCAAGAAAAACCUGUCUAGGAAAGCUCGACUGGACAAAAGAGUACAACCGAUUGAGCUUCCAGAGACUGAGAUUGAGUUAAAAGAUAAUGAAACGUGCCUCAUAGCUGGAUGGGGUUUAACAAGUACUGGUGGUAAAGUUGUUGAUGUGCUGCAAGUGGUGGAUGUGCCUAUCGUUAACCCGGAGGUCUGUAAGAAGCAAUGGCGUCAUGAGGAAAUUAGUCUUCCUGCCAAUGUUAUCUGUGCAGGUGGAUAUGGCACAGACAAGGGAUUCUGUCAGCUGUCUAGGAAAGCUCGACUGGACAAAAGAGUACAACCGAUUGAGCUUCCAGAGACUGAGAUUGAGUUAAAAGAUAAUGAAACGUGCCUCAUAGCUGGAUGGGGUUUAACAAGUACUGGUGGUAAAGUUGUUGAUGUGCUGCAAGUGGUGGAUGUGCCUAUCGUUAACCCGGAGGUCUGUAAGAAGCAAUGGCGUCAUGAGGAAAUUAGUCUUCCUGCCAAUGUUAUCUGUGCAGGUGGAUAUGGCACAGACAAGGGAUUCUGUCAGGGUCGCUCACUGAGCAUACUGCGGUAUAAAAGGGUCAACUUGACACCUCAAAGACAACAGGUUGAGUUUGCUGCCAGAAUGAUGCAUGCACUGCACAGGUUUCUGCUUUUUCAUCUCAUGACAUGUCUUGGACUUCACGCACUUGGGAGUGAAAUCAUACAUGGGCAAAAAGCCCCGGAGAAGUCAAUGCUGUAUAUGGCCUCGGUGCAGAACAGAAGCAAUCAUCAUGUAUGUGGAGGAUUCCUCAUCAAUGAAGACUUUGUGGUCACUGCUGCACACUGUGAUGACCAGCAUCCUACAAGUGUCGUUCUUGGGGCCCACAAUCUCAAGAAGGUUGAUAAGAAAAAGAAAUACGAUGUAAAGAAAUGGAAGUUUCCAUCUUAUGUGAAUGUCGAAAAAGGGGAUGACAUCAUGAUCCUCAAACUGUCUAGGAAAGCUCGACUGGACAAAACAGUAAAACCGAUUGAGCUUCCAGAGACUAAGAUUGAGUUAAAAGAUAAUGAAAAGUGCCACGUAGCUGGAUGGGGUUACACAAGUACUGGUGGUGACGUUGUUGAUGUGCUGCAAGUGGUGGAUGUGUCUGUCGUUAACCCGGAGGACUGUAAGAAGCAAUGGCGUCAUGAGGAAAUUAGUCUUCCUGCCAAUGUUAUCUGUGCAGGUGGAUAUGGCACAGACAAGGGAUUCUGUCAGGGUGAUUCUGGUGGUCCUCUGGUGUGCAACAAGAAGGCUGUUGGUGUUGUCUCUUUCAACCUCAGAGAAAACUGUAACUACCCAAAUGUAUCGAACGUCUACGUAAAUAUAUCAAAAUACCUUUCCUGGAUCAAAAAGACUCUCAAGAAAAACUAUUGAUAAAUUUAACAAUUCAGCAUACUUUUAUUGUACUGUAUUGUCUGGCUCCUCGGCUCUAGAACAGCUUUCCACUGAGCAUCAGGUCCGCUGACACCGUCGCUGCCUUUAAAUCAAGUCUCAAAACUCACUUUUACAGAAUGGCCUUUCUUAACAACUGCUAUACUUCCUUUCUUAUCAUGAGCUGGCUGAUUGUUUGUUUGUUUAUUUAUAUAUAUACUGUAUAUACACACUGUAUAUAUGUAUUUUUCUUUUCAAUAAAAAUGCUAUACAAUAA